AUGUUUUUCGCCCGCUUCAUCCUCGCUUCCUUGACUAUUGCAACCGCUGCCGCGAACCUUCACUUCCACUCACCGAACCCGCAUGCUUUCGGUAAACGUCAGGAGUAUCAGCCACCCGUCAACCAAUGUGGUAUCGGAGACACAUGCGAAGCCUCUUGCGGUACUGGGUACCUGCUUUGUAGUGAUCCUGAUACCUUCCUCUGCUACAACCCAGACAUGCAAGAGACAUGCUGCGAAGCGGGCUCAAGUGCUUCAUGGGGCUGUCCCAAUGGCGAUUACUGUCUGAUUGAUGGCUGGUGCUGCCCUCAAGGUCUGGACCCUCAGGCAUGCGCUUUGUCCUUGAGCGUCAGCUUGCCCGCCACCUUCGUCGGCCCUACCGCUACAAUUUCUCUCUCAAACAUGACCUCUCCUAUCACCACACCGACUGCAGCAUCGACAUCUGUAUCGGCGUUGGUAUCGACAUCGCUUCCUGAAUUUACGGGCGCCGCUAGCCCAAACACCUUUGCAGGAGGACACGGUCUGCUGUAUACUGUUCUUCUUCUUUUCGGCGGCCUAUUUUAGGCUGCCGAUUGUACUUGUGGCUAGUCAAAGGCGCCGAUAGCACUCUAUGGUCCCAGAAGACGGCUUCCAGUCUGGGAUUUCGGUACCUCUCCGUAAUGGACUGUCUCUGCCAGGGGCAGAACAUACAUACAAACCUCUCCUUAGCCUUAGCUCUUCGUUUUUAGCUGUCGUUUUGGUAUCUGCUAACUGAAUAAAUCGAGUUCCCUAUAAUUAUACAUGUGUUGUGAUGUUGCGUUUUGUGCAGUACUCCCUUUCGACACCUGCAUGACUUAAGAAGAUACAAUGUCGGUCUUUACCUAAUGUUGCACCAAACGUGUUCACCUAAAUGGUUCGCAAAAGUAACAGACCAUUCUAUAUCAGUACAUAAGUCAUCGUG